CCGAGACUAUGGCGCUCAACAAGAAUCACUCACAGGGCGGCGGAGUGAUCGUCAACAACACCGAGAGCAUCCUGAUGUCCUAUGAGCAUGUGGAACUUGCAUUCAGUGACAUGAAGAAUGUGCCCGAGGCCUUCAAAGGGACCAAGAAAGGCAGUGUCUACCUGACCCCGUACAGGGUCAUCUUUCUGUCCAAGGGAAAGGACGCCAUGCAGUCCUUCAUGAUGCCCUUCUACCUGAUGAAGGGCUGUGAGAUCAAGCAGCCAGUGUUUGGUGCGAACUACAUCACGGGCACGGUAAAGGCCGAAGCAGGAGGUGGCUGGGAAGGUUCUGCUUCCUACAAGCUCACCUUCACAGGGAACAUCGAAUAUGAAGUUGAAUGA